UAUUAGAUGAGCUGCUCAGGUAACCAUUUUGCAAGUGAUUAGUCACCAACUUCUGUGCCUCUUCCAGGGAAUGAAAGAAAAAUGACCCUUCUGGUGGUGUUCUUCGUGCUCACCCUCCUGCCAGCCCAGUCUGCAAGCAGCAGAUACCUCCCCAAGUCAGCAAUCUCAAGCCCUGUGUUUGGACCAUGGCAGGUCUAUGGUCUGCUCAACGGCUCAGUCACCAUCACCUGCUUCUACCCUCCCACCAGUGUCAACAGACACGACAGGAAGUACUGGUGCAGGGAGUCGGCCAUGAGCUGCAGGACCGUCGUCUCCAGCAGCGGCUACGUGGCUGCAGGCUACGAAGGCAGAGCCUCCCUCAUCGACUACCCGGAGUCCAAACACUUCCAGAUCACCAUCUCUGGGCUAACAAAGGCAGAUGAGGGUGCCUACCUGUGUGGCAUUGGCAUCAAUGGCCGAGGGCUGUCCCACAAAGUCAGCCUGGAGGUUUCUGAAGGUCCACGUGUACCCGAGGGUGCUGAGCUCUUCUACGUGGAGCUGCACAGCACUCUGACCAUGACCUGCAACUUUGGGGAGGAGACUGCAGACGAGAGGAAGUUCUUGUGCAAGCUGGGCAGGAGCGGCUGCCGCAACAUCAUCGAUACCUACGGCAACGUCGACGAGGACUACACAGGGAGGAUUCUGAUGAGCAGUGAGGACACUCGAGGCUCAUUCAGCAUCACAAUAACUCAGAUGGGCUGGCAGGACUCUGGCUUCUACCUGUGUGGGUAUGGUGUCCAAGGGGAGAGCGGAGAAACGAAGGAGCUGGACGUGCAUGUCUAUGAGAAGACCGACGUCCCUCAGGGCAAGCCCACAAUCAUUGCUGUCAAAGGGAGCUCAGCCACUUUUGAGUGCCACUAUGCACCCGCCAGGAGCUCCUCCCUCAAGUACUGGUGCAAGUGGAGGCAGAACGGCUGCGGCCGCAUCAUCGACAGCUCCGGGUUUGUGGCACCGCUGUACGAAGGGAGGGUGGCCAUGUACGACGACCCAGUCAACAGAACCUUCACCAUCAUCCUCAACCAGCUGAAGGACAGCGACAAAGGCUACUACUGGUGCAUGACAGAAGAUGAGAAGGAGCAGCAGUCCUCCACCGAGCUGAAGGUCAUAGACGGAGAGCCUGGGCUGCAGGGCCAGGAGGACGUGGAGGCACAAGUGGGUUCCCCGGUGGAUUUGACUUGCAAUUACCUGUGCAAGUACUACUCCUACCAGAAGUACUGGUGCAGGUGGAACAGCACCGGCUGCACCCCCAUGCCCGCUACUGACCAGCGGCAGCCGGGACCGGACGUGAGCUGUGACAGCGACAACAGGACGGUCACCCUCAGCUUCGACUCGGUGACCAAGGCAGACCAGGGCUGGUACUGGUGCGGAGUGACCCGGAACGGCCGCCUGGGGGAAACCAAGGCCGUGUACCUGUCUGUGACCGAAGGGCACAGUGAUGACCACAACCUGGAGAUUCAGAGCCUUGAUGCCCCCUCCAGCCGUGCUGAGCCUCCCAGCCAGGCUGAGCCUGGUGUCAGACCCCAAGGAAGAGCCUUCAGUGAUGCUGGGGUGCAAGGUGCAGCUGGCUCAGAAAGCCCUGCCCAAAGCCAAGGCCCCAACACUCUUGUGCUAAGCCUGAGCCUUGCUGGUGCUGUGCUCCUGGUGCUGGUGACAGCCUUCGCCGUGUUCAGAUACAGGCAGCUGAAGAGAUCUGACCUGGUGUCUGUGGGCAGCUACAGGACCAACAUCAGCAUGUCAGACUUUGAAGGUGUGAAGGGCUACACAGCAAGCAACAGUGCCUGUGUGAAGGAGAACGAGGAGACCCAGAUUGGAGGGGAAGAGUUCAUCACCACUGAGGUCACCCCAGAAAGCUCUGCUGAGACAAAGAAGGCAAAAAGGAGCUCCAAGGAGGAUGCUGACCUGGCCUACUCCACCUUCCUCCUCACCUCUGGCACCAUCACUCAGGGUGGCUCCAGAGGGGACAGCGCUGCCCCAGAGGUGGCCUCUCCAGCCUGGGAGGGUCAGAUCUGAAGGCAAGGGACCAAGAGGUGACAACAA